AUGGAGAACCAAAACUUUUUAUUGCCAUUUGCAUUUACUAAAACUUCAUCAUUUAAUGAAUCAGAUAUUUUGAAUACAACUCCAAGAAAUAAAUCAGAAAUUGAUGAAAAUGCAAGUAGUUUUUAUCAUACAAGAAAAACAAUUGAGGUUGAGGUUGAAGUUGAUAAAACUGAUAAAUUGAAAAAUAGACCAAAAUUGAAUUUAAAUCCAUUAUCUAUGAAAUCUUUAAAACGUAGAAUGGGAGAAAGUUUUAAUGAUAAAGAUGAUGUUAAAAAAUUGGAUUUUGGUGAUAAAGAAGAAUUAAUUGAUAGUGAUGACAACGAUAAGAGUAGUAACGAAAAAGAAGAAGAAGAAGAAGAUUAUGAAGAAGAACCCACUUUUGUUGAUGAAGAAGAGAAUGAAAAUGAUAAUAGACCAUUACCACCUAGUUCACCAAUUGGAUCAAUUCAUAAUGAAAUUAAUUUAAUGUCAGAAUUUGAUUUUAAUACCAACCCAACAACAAGUUUUCAUGUACCUAAAUCACCACCUAAAAAAAUUAAUAAUCUAUAUAGUGAUCACUUAAGAACUUCACCACAUAAGCCAAUAAGUUCUGAUACAGAUUUUGGAAUUGAUAGAUUUAAUAGGUAUAGAGGAAGUUUUAAUGACAAUUAUAAAAAUCUACCGACUUCUUCAAGUAUUGAUGAAGAUUUUGCAAGUAUAAGAGAAGAAAAUAAACAAUUAUCAUUUAACAAGGCAAGAAAUAUUAUAUUCGAAGCAUUUGAAAAUACAAGAACUAUUAUUGAUUUACGAUCCAUGAAUUUAUAUGAAAUACCUGAUGAAAUUAAAGACUUAAACAAUUUAGUUAUAUUUGAUAGCUUCAGUGAGGAAACUUCAAUAGAGUUCCCAUAUCAGUUAUAUCUAAGUGGUAAUAAAUUAACUCAACUAUCAACCUCAUUAUUCAAAUUUACAAAAUUACAAGUUUUAUCACUAAGACAAAAUAAAUUAGUAUCAUUACCACCAACUAUAAAUAAACUAGAGAGUUUAAUUGAUUUAUCAUUGAGUUCAAAUAAAUUACAAUUUUUACCAUUCCAAAUUCUAGAUUUGCAUAAAUUGUCAAUUCUCACAUGUGGACCAAAUCCAUUUGUGAGUUUACCAUCAGAUGCUAUUCCUUUGUUAUCAAAAUCGUCCAAAAAUUCAGCAUUCCAUCCAAAAGCUAGAUCAGAAAUUAACUACCUAAUCACAAAAACUACUACAUUACCAUCAUUAAAAUCAUUAUGUCUAAACACAAUAGCAAAACAUGAUGUAUCAUAUCAAGAGACGAAAGAAUGGAAAAAACAUACACCAAAACUAUAUCAUAACCUAAUAAUCCAAGCAAUAAGAAAAGGUAAAUUCAAUGAUAAUUGUUCACAAUGUAAAAUUGUUGUAGUUGAACCAAUAGCAGAAGUUUAUGAAUGGUGGGAUCUUUUACAAAAUAAAAAUGUUCCAAUUAGAAAACAAUUUUGUUGUCAAUUAUGUAUAAACAAAUAUUUAGAUUCUUAG